CUGCACCUGGACGGCUUCUCCACUGCCAGCUCGCGGUCAGUGGCAUGGCGUGGCUCCAGUCACGCUGCACGGUGCUGGAGUGACAUGUUGCUGCGAGCAGGAUGAUCCCUGCGAUCGCAUCAUCACUUGAGUCUCGCGCUCACAACAGCACGCAAUUCCUGCAAUCACGUUACAACAGACACCACCACCCCUCUGACACUCCUCAAUCCACGGCAUCUCGCCUGCCCCCUGCCCGCCCCGCCACUGCUGCUGCUGGCAGCGCUGGUGGCGGCAGCGGGGGGGGCCUGGCGAAGGGCACAGAUAGCAGCAGCAGUGGUGGUGGGUGGCUGUUUGGGUGGAGCAGCGGGGCAGCUAAGAAAGACAGCCCUGCUGCUGCUGAGGGAGGGGAGGCAGUCUCGGUGCGUGACGAGGCAGCAGCAGCGGAGGAGAGGGAGGAGACUGCCAAGGCCAAGCUGACUCGUCUGGACGACAUGCUCAAGCGGUCGCUGCUGGUGGAGUACAUGCACACCAGGCAGCGGUGGGCGCCCAUGGGCGGCGAGGUGGCCAUCCCAGUGGACGACCCCGAGGCGGAGGACGAGUGGCUGCCGCGCUUCGUGGCGCUCUCCAACAACGAGGUCUCCUGCUACCGCCAGGCUUCAGAUCUGGAGCCCGAGGUGAGCAUCCCCCUGGACAGCGUGGCGGCAGCAGGGUCGCUGGAGGCGGGCAUGGAGGCGGGCGAGGAGGCGGAGGACUGGCUUGUGUUCCACCUCACCACUGGCUAUGGGCUCCGGCUCGAGUGCGCCACUCGCAGCCGAGUCAAGCUGCAGCUAUGGCUUGCUACAAUUCACGAGGCAGUCGAGAAUGUCGCCAUGAGGAAACGAAGGGGGAGACCGAGAUCUGCCUCUGGAGCCCGCUGAAGCAGACUCUUGAGGUUGACGUGGGCUUAGGGCCUUGUUUAAAGCGUACACCAUAGAGAUAACACAUUA